GGGCCCCGCCCGCCGGGGGGCGGAGCCCGAGGGUCUCUGGUGUUGCAGGCCGCGGUGACCUUCCGGGACGUGGCCGUGGACUUCACCUGGGAGGAGUGGGGGCACCUGGCGCCUUCGCAGCGGGAGCUGUACAAGGAGGUGACGCUGGAGAAUUACAGGAACCUGCUGUGCCUCGGUUGGAAGAAUAGGUCUGACAGAAAGGAGUCAACUCAAGACUUAGAAGCCUGGGAAUAUAAAGCCAGAUUAAAAAAAUGUUCUAGAUUAAACCUAAGAAAACAGAAUCGAAUCAGCUCAAAGAAGAUUUUUUCUAAAUCUAAUGAAUGUGGAAAAGUCAUCAAUUAUAAUUCAGAAUUUACUAAGUGGCAGAAAGUUUACAUUGUGAAGAAACCUUAUGAAUGUAACAAAUAUGGCAAAGACUUCCAAUGGAGUUCUCAUUUUACUAAAUAUCAGCAAAUACAUACUGGAGAGAAUCCCUAUGAAUAUAAUAAAUGUGAAAAGGCCUCCUGCUCCAGCAGAAGACUUACUGAAUGUCAGAGAACUCAGAGUGGAGAGAAAUUUUAUGAAUGUCACAUAUGUGGAAAAACCUUCUGCCAGUUCAUGGACCUUGCUCAGCAUCAAGCAGUUCAUAGAAGAGAGAAUCCAUUUGAAUGUGUUGAAUGUGGGAAGACCUUCAGCCAGAGUUCACAACUUAUUGUACAUCAGAGAAUUCAUGCUGGAGAGAAACUGUAUGAAUGCAGUGACUGUGGGAAGGCCUUUCAUUGGUGUUCACGGCUUAUUCAACAUCAGAGAAUACACAGUGGAGAGAAACCUUUUGAAUGUAAUGAAUGUGGGAAGGCUUUUCGCCAGAGGAUACAGCUUACUGUGCAUCAGAGAAUUCACACUGGAGAGAAACCUUAUGAAUGUAAACAAUGUGGAAAGGCUUUCCACCGAAGCACGGGACUAACACAACAUCAGAAAAUUCACACGGGAGAGAAACCUUACGAAUGCAGUGAAUGUGGGAAGACCUUCUGUCGGAGCUCACAGCUUAAUCAACAUCAGAGAAUUCACACUGGAGAGAAACUUUAUGAAUGUAAUGAAUGUGGGAAGGCCUUCUGCCGUAGGUCACAACUCACACAACAUCAGAUAAUUCAUACAGGAGAGAAACCUUAUGAAUGUAGUGAGUGUGGGAAAGCUUUCCACCAGACUUCACAACUUAUUCGACAUAAAGUAAUUCAUACAGGAGAGAAACCUUUUGAAUGUAACCAAUGUGGGAAGGCCUUCCACAGAAGCACUGGACUUACACAACAUCAAAGAAUUCACACUGGAUGGAAACCUUUCGAAUGCAGUGAAUGUGGGAAGGCCUUCCACAGAAGCACUGGACUAAUACAACACCAGAGAAUUCACACUGGAGAGAAACCUUAUGAAUGUAAGGUAUGUGGGAAAACCUUCCGGAGGAGCUCACAACUUACUCAACACAAGGUAAUUCAUACUGGAGAGAAACCUUAUGAAUGUAACGAGUGUGGAAAAGCCUUCUGCUGGAGCUCGCAGCUUACUCGACAUCAGAAAAUUCAUACUGGAGAGAAACCUCCUGAAUAUAGCAUGAAUGAGGAUGUUUUCCACACGGAGAAACUACUUACUCAACACCAUAAAAUGCAAACUGGAAAGAAGCCUCAUAAAGUUUAAGUCCUUAUGACUAUGAUGAAAAUAAGAUGGAUUUCCAACAGAAUAAAUACUGAAAACUAAUUAAGCUAAACUAAAGUAAAACCUUCUAGAUGAAGUGAAUCCAUGACUGAUUUCCCUCUUUGGCUGUUGUAAACUUUUUUUCACUUUCCUGAAGUCCCAAGCCUCUUUCUUUGUCUUGUCCUGUGAUUUAUAGAAGACUGUUGUGCACUCUUAAAUUACUGAGAAAAUUGUAGAAAUAUGAAUGGAAUGUCCUGUAUUUAUCCCCUAACUCACAAAACACUUUCACUAUGGCAGUACAGCUUCUUCCAUUUUCUUUCCAAAAAUUGAGUUCCUUUUUAGUCCAGGGCUUAAAGUAUAUUCCUAGUUUUCUUUGAAUCCUAAACCUUUCCCUCUAGCUCUGAGUUUUGUGUUCAGUUCUCCCAAUUUCCCCAAAUCCCCUCAAAUCUCUACUCAUCUAUUCACCAAUCCCUCUUGAAAAUUCUUCUGAUUUCCAGUAAUAAUAAAUGGCCUUUACAUAGCAUUUGAAAGUUUACAACAACAUUUAUGUAUCUUACUAAAGUCUCACAAAACUCCUAUGAAGAAAAGAUGGCAGCAUCUCGAUCCCUUUUAUAGAUAGAGGAAAGCGUGAUUUGGAUUUAAGUGACUUGUAUAUAGAUAUACAGCUACUUGUAGAACUUCAUUAUCUCACUCGCCAUCAUUUUCAAUUUGGUUUCUACCUCAACAAGUCUACAGUAUCAUCUGUUCCCUCAGAAGACAUUAGUGAUUGCUAAGUACAGUGGCACAAUAGUGCAUCCUAGUUUUUCUAUGUAGUAUUUGAUGCAGGUGAUAAUCCGUUCCUUCUGGGUACUUUGUGCCUUCCUGUAUUCCCAAAUCCUACACUCUUGUGGCUAAUUAUAACAACUUGAAUUUAAAUGAUACUUUUAAGAUUUUCAUACUGCUUUUUUCCCCACUCUCAAUAAUCUUUUGAAGUAUGCUGAACAAGUAAGAAUUGUCUCUAUUUAAAGACCAGGAAACUAAGGGGGUUACUUGCUUUUGAAAGCCAGUAGUUAUUGAGAGUUUGAUGUGAACUUCAGCUCCAGGGGUCCUGACUUCAAGGCCAGCAAUCUUUCCUCUACCCCAUGUUAUUUUCCUUCUUUUCCUAUGCCUGCUAUCUAAAGUGUAUGCUGCCCUGAUGGAUGGCCCUUUAGUCUUCUUUUCUUCAUUUUCCACACCUAGAGGGGUUAGCUCCUGUCUCUGUCAAGACUUAUGGAAAAUGCUAGGGAUGGGUAUCCAUGUCAGAAGAAAAGGGGAGGAAUGACUGAGAAGCUCAUUAACACAGGCAUUGUCACAAUGGUUACCUAAUGCCUGUAGUGUCAUUUCAACUCCUCUGAUCUUUUAAAAUCCUUUACAACCUGGCUCCAAAUUACCUUUCUAGCUUCAUAUACUCUCACAUUCCAUGGUCAAGUCAAUUAUAUUUAGGCAAUACUUCUAUAUGCCGGGGCACUAUGCUAAAUGCUGGGGAUACAACAAAAGGCAGAACCAUGAUCUGUCCUCAAAGAGCUCACAAUAUAAUAGGAGAGACAAUAUACAAACAACUACAUAUUUCACGGAAACCAGGAAACAGAAGUGAAGAAGAAAACCAUUUCAGGCAUGUAAGAUAGACACUGAAAGGCAUCUUCUGGUGCAAACACUUCCGUCCAGCCAGAUUGAUAUCUUUUCCUUUAGACACAAUUCUCCACCUUCCAUCUCACCUAACUCUUUGAAGAAAGGACUAUUUCAUUUUUGUAUCCCUAGAAGCAAGCACAGUGUUACAUAAGUGUUUAAUAAAUAUUUGAAUAAUGAUAGUUGGCAUUACAUAGUGCUUUAAGAUUUGCAGUGUGCUUAUGAAUAUAUUUUCAAUAGAUAAUUUCCAAGUA